ACACCAAAUUUAACUUGUUUGUAGCAACAAGGGUUUACAUGCAUAUUGACAUGAGAUAUUGUCAUGUAAAUGAGCCCAAAAUAACUCUGAAUAUAUGCAAUUGUAGAUAAUAUGCUCAGUGGUUUUAGUAUCACUUUCACUAAAUCUUUAUAACGUGAUCUUUGGUGGAUGACAGAAGUUUGGCGUCACGCCGUUCAAAGGGCGGCCUAUGAUGUAAUCACGUGGUCACGUUAAACCAAUCAGAGCGCAGUACCUCUCAGCGCGGAAGUGCGUGAAGCCGGUUUUCGGGUGUCCAUCGCGUGAGUACCAACCGUAUCAUAUUUGACAAAAUAAUUAUGAUAAACAUUCACGAAUGCACUUCGCUUGUCUGUACUUUUAUAUUAAUACGACAACCGGUACACCUAGGAUAGGUUUUACUGCACGACCUUGUCAAUGUUCUUCAUUUGAGGUCUGAUAUUUAAUCUAAAAUACGAUUUUUCAUUCAUUUCCGAAAUAUUAGAUAGCAUAUAUCACAUUACAUAUAUAAAUAUCCUCCAGAAAUAAUGUGAUAAUGUGUUGCCUCUUAUGCUGUGGUAGCUACUGAAGCCGGGUCACUGCUGUCAGCCUCGCAGGUUUCCUUGUUUUUACAUUAAUACGGAAACUGUCUUGUUAAAUUAGGUUUUACUUCACAUGGAUCUUUAAAAAGGGGUCGAUAUAUAAUCCUAAUUUUGAUUUUUCAUUCUUUUCCGUAAUGUACGAAUUAAUAAUAGUCUAUUUUCAAAGGUAUCGUCAUAUAUAUACAGUAUAUAUACAUUAGAAAUAUGUAAUGAUGUCCUGCCUGAUGUUCUGUAAUGAAGCUGAUUAAUGUAAUUUUCCUACCUUUAUUAUUAUUAUUCUUAUUGUAAGUAAGCUACAGUUAAUGCAACUUGUAUCUUCUUUCUUUUAUAAUAUAAUUCUUCUCUUUAAACUGUUUGUAUAUUACUUUGUCUUACUGGAAUAAUAAUAAUAAUAGCCUUGCAUGUACAGAAGCCGGAUCACAGGUGUUAUCCUCGCCGUUUUCCUCCUGUUCUGCAUCUUUAAUUGAUGCUGUGAAUAAUUGAUGUGUCACAGAAUCAUGCUGCUGUGGUUUCUGUCCGGCUCUCUGCUUCUCUUCGGCACUUUUGACGUCUGGUAUUUCCUGCGAGGCUUAUGGGUGGCGCUCCGCUGCUGCUUCCAGAGCCCUAUCCGGGAUAUCCUGGCCGAGCAGGUGGUGCACGGCAGGGUUCUGCUGCACGACAUGGACUUUAUGUGCCAUAUGAAUAACGCCCGGUACCUGCGUGAGUGCGACUUCGCCCGGUUUGCGCACGGCACGCGCAUCGGGCUCUUCAUGGCCGCGCGCGCGCUCAAAGCCACUAUGGUUGUCGGAGCCACGACCAUCCGAUACAGGCGCUCGCUAGCGCUCGGAGAGGGGUUCGAGCUGCGCACCCGCAUUGUGUCCUGGGACGAGAAGUCCUUCUACCUGGAGCAGAGGUUCGUGUCCAAGUCUGACGGCUUCAUCUCUGCGGUCAUGCUGUGCCGGCAGAACGUCAUUCGAGGAAACCCGCAGAAUAUACUGGAGUUCCUGUGCAAGAGGAAGGUGGACUGCCCAGACAUUUCCGAGGACCUCCAGCACUGGAUUCGGUUCAUCUCUGCUAGCAGUCAGGCUCUGAGAGCAGAAAGCGGACUGGACGACAAGACCAAAUGAUCAUGUCAGAGCAGACCAAACAGUCAUUACCGUAAGCCUUCCUCGUGCAUGUAAGUUCCCCGUGAUGCUGACCUUAAUUCAUCUUACUUAUCUCCAAGUGUCUGGGUUUUCUGAUCCCGAACCUGCGGCUGGUUGGCAGCCUCAGCGUUUUCUCCAAACACACCAGCCCUCCAUUUUUAGUUUAGAAGUAUUGCAACGUCAUCAUUACUGUAUUUACAGAAUCCAUUCCAGAAGCUGCAAGAAUGAAACUGACUAAACACAAGAGCAUGAAUCUCUGUUGAAGAACAGAGCGCAUGAGCGAAUGUAGAAAACACUUGACUCCAUUGACUUGAAUGCUGGGGGCUUCUGAACGCUCCCUUGACCAGAUACGCACAUGAACGUGACGGGAAAAAAGCACUGAAAUUAAUCUGAAUGAUAAAAAUGAGUUUGAAUUGUGUGUUGUUUUAUUUUCAUAUCACCUCAUGGAUUUGUUCUGUCGCUCAGAUAUGUUAAUGUACUUAUUUAUUCCAUUUUGAAACUGAAAUUUUAUUGUUAUUAUUUAUGAAAAGGGAUCGUGUAUUUAUUUAACCACAACAAAUUGAGAUUUGCAUAAUUUAUUUAAGAAGAGUCUAUAUGUAAAAAUAAUUUAAAGGCCUGUAAUGAAACUUGAAGACAUGC